GACGUUGGUCCCUCUGGUGCAGAUCUGGCCAGAGGCUGGGACUGGAUCCCGGCGGCCAUGUUCUCCCUGCCGUCCCUCUCCUCCUGGCUCCCCGGCCUCCCCUCCCUCGAGUGGGGCUCUGGCCUCCUCGACUCCUUCCUGCAAGGCCUCAUCGGGGCCUGCGGAGUCUCAGUCCUGAACAGCCUCCUGAAGGUCUACUUCUUCGUGGGCUGUGCCAACAUCCCGGAGCGGCAGCCAGAAAAGGAGCGGUUGCGGGCCCAGUGGGCCUUGCUGCAGACUGUGCACCUGGCAGGGCUGGCCCUGAUCCUGACUGUCGUGGGGGCCCGGGUGGCCGCCCUGGUGGUGCUCGAGUUCUCCCUCCGGGCUGUCUCCACGCUGCUCUCCCUGGACAAGGGCUCCCAGGUCACCAAGAGGCUGCAGCUGUACCUGCUGUGCCAGUACUCGCUGGGCUGUGGGCUGACCUGCGGCCUGAGCUUCCUGCAGGAGGGCGCCCCUCACCGCACGCUGAACCUGCUGCUGGGCCUUGGCCUGGCCGCACUGCUUAGCACGGGUGCCCGGCGCCUCCGCCGCCACGUCUGCCGCCUCUACGAGCUGCACAGCAGCCAGCACUACUGUGGGGUCUGCCUGAGCCUGCUGGCCGGCGCUCACGGCCUCCCCCCGCUGCUGGGCCGAGCCCUGGCCGUGGCCUUUGCUGUGGGCGACCUGGCGGCCGUGGCCCUCAUCAACAGGGACUUCCUGACCACCUCGGAGGCCGUGCGCUUCUGGACGCCGCUCACCAUCUGCUACACCCUCCUGGUCAUCUACAUGCAGGAGGAGCAGCGGCAGCGCCCUGGCCUGCAGAGCCUGGUCCAGACGGUGCUGGUGCGCAUGGGCGGCCUCUUCGUGCUGCUGCUGACUGUGGGCCGCUGGCUGGACCUCCUGGGCAUCCUCAUCUCCCUGCUGGGCGAGCUCUGGUGCCUGGUGGGCGUCCGCACCAUGCUUGACCUUUGCCAGAUACAGGAUUUUCCAUCCCAGAGGCCUUCAGUGUCAGCUCCAAGCCGGCCCCGGCCCUCCGCGCCUGCCCAGCCCUCGGGGACGGCUUCCUCCUGACUUGCCUCAGCAGGGACUUGGAGUCUGUCUCAGGCCCACCCAGGCUCACCUGGAGGCCUUGACCCCAGCACGCUGCCUGGAGGCAGGCAGGGCUGGCCCUCACCCGGAGCUUGGGGUGGGCACUGGAGCCCCUGAGAGGGAGGGGAGGGUUUGGGACUGGGGCCCUCAGACAGUGGGGGCACCUGGAGGCCGCUGGGUGAAUCCCUCUUUUUUUCAGGGUGGGCAAUGGACAUAGCCCCCUCAGACCUGCUCCAAGGUGG